AUGAUCACCCAAAAACGCCCCCUCCUGACCCUCCCCAACGUCCCAACCUGGUUCGAAGCAAAUCCAUUCAUCCUCACAGGCUACAGACCAGAAAGCCAAUCCUGGAGCAAAUCGCUAUCCAGCUGGCUCUACAUCCACAAUGAAACAGCCAACAUUUAUUCCCACCUGAUCCCAGGUCUAUGUCUGCUUCUGCUCCUCAUAAACACCAGCAUCCGCCCCGAUCCGGAACAAAAGCAGCAAGACCAGCACCGCCUAGACAACCUCGUGCUAACAGUCCAAUUAUGCGCCGCAGCUCUGUGUCUAAUAACCUCCGCGGUGUAUCACACUGCACUGAACCAUUCCGCGCGCGUUGCACAUCAAGGACUGCAGUGUGACCACGGAGGAAUACUAGCGCUGAUUCUGGGGAAUUUCGUGAGCGGGUUGCAUUUUGGGUUCUACUGUGAGCCUGCAUUGAAGAAUUUGUAUUGGUCUCUUAUCGUGGCAAGUAGCGUCGCAACAGGAAUCAUACUCCUUUCGCCAUGGUUCCGGGGCCCAGAAUGGCGCUUUGUCCGUCUGUCCAGCUGUAUCGCGACAGGACUGUUUGCAUUUGCGCCGAUUAGCCACGCCGGAUAUCUUUGGGGACCUAGGUAUCUUCUUCGAAUCGGGGUUCCGUAUUAUCUGCUCGAGGGAGCGUUGUUGUUGGUUGGGUGUUAUUUUUACCAGACACGAAUUCCCGAGUCUAUAUACCCCGGUCGGUUCGACAUUUGGGGCCACUCGCACACUCUCUGGCAUAUUCUCGUGACGCUGUCUAUCCUUGCUCAUAUGGGUGGUUUGUUGAGUGCGCGGGAAUAUAAUGAUAAACAUGCUCCGUGUCGGUUGUUGUAG